UAAAAUAAUCAGAAACUGAAAGCAGAAACGUUAUCGUGUUGCAUCACAGGCUGUUAAAUGCCACACUUAAAAGCCUUCGUUUCACUUUUGGCGACACAUGAGUAAAGCACUAGCUACGCAACCACCAGAGGAAACCGUGCCCUUAUCCCGACUGACGCGGACUCGCUGCUCUGAUGAACCCGGCUGGACCGGGAUUCAGACAUUGUGGAAGAUCAGUCAGUCAGACAUUGAACCGGUUAACCGGUCUGCCGAGGAAGGAGGGAGGGAGGAAGAGAGAAGGAGAGGGGGGAUGACUCCUUCACUCAUGGACACUGGGGAUGAACGCUACAGCCACAGCUCCCUGUCAGCAGAGGAGUGCAACAGCAACACUGCUGGAUCGGAGAGGGAAGGAGAGGGACAACAGGUGGGACACACCGGGAUGAAAAGACGAGCGAAGAACAGGGACGCGGCCAGGAGAACUCGCCGCAAACAAACUGAGAGAGCAGAUGAACUUCAUGAGGAGCUUCAGUGUUUGGAGCAAGCAAACUCGGCCUUUCAAAAGGAAAUCGCUGCAUUGAAGAAAGACUUCCAUCACUACACGGACGUUCUGGCUCAUCAUGAACCUUAUUGCCUCCUCAGAGCAUCUGUAUCCACCAAAAGUUCAACAGUUUCUUCCUUAGGUGGUGGUCAGACCAAUUCCAUCCCUCCUCCAAACCUUCCCCAGGCCUCAAGCUCCAUUCUGGCUACUCCUCCUCCAGUCUCUACCUCCAGCCUUCUCCAAACUCUUGACUGUGUCAAAAAUGCACUCCUUGCUCCAACAGUGACCACAUUACUCUCCACGACUGAACCCGCUUCCUCCCCGUCCCCUUCAAACUCUGUGACUCUUCCUCAUUCCAUCUCCUUUUCCACACUCUCGCCUCCUCAUUCAUUGUUUAGCAAAGCGCUUGUGACCCCAAGGCUGACAGAUGUUCUCAGCCACCUUCUUUCAACCUCUAUGACCUCCAGCGUCCUCACUACAGCUGCUCAGCCUCGGUCUGAGCAUGACGUCAUCCAUAACACCUCCACCGUGCCAGAAAAUGCAUGUUUCCCUACUUUUGAUUCUGGCUCCUUGGAUGAGUUUUUAACAAGCCAGACAUCUUCUCUAACCGCUUCCUCCAGUGUGGUCCCUUCUUACCCCAAUUUAACUGGAGAAAAUGGAGGUCGAGAAACCCAGGGUUGCCCUUUGAAUGUUCCCCAGCUUCAUUCAGGUCAGUACAGUGGAGAUCCAAACAAGUCACACCCACUGUGUACUCUUUUACCACAGCCUCUUCAGUCCCCAACAGUUUCAAUUCAGACAAACUUGGAGCAGUGUCCUGCUCCUGCCUUUGCUUUGAAGCCUUGUUACAGACAAAUGACGCCCAGUCCCACGCCUCUACUCUCCCUCCUCACUGUCCCGAGUCCUCUAAACACGUCUCAGACUACCAGCAGCUCUGAUGGACUUUUGGUUGAGCCUCCACCCUCGCUGCCAUCCCUGGGUGAUCCCUCCACUGACCUUUCCCUCUCUGAACUCCUGGAGGUCGAUGAUUGGAUCCUAAGUGGAACUAGCAACCAUUAAAUAUGACUUCAUGACCCAAUGGCGAAGGAGGACCAGCGUCCCCGUGUCAAAAUGGUUGUUUAAUUUAUGUUUUCAGCUGUUUCAUUUAUGAUUUUAGCAAGAUACAAACUACUGUAUUACUCGCAGGGUUCAAAAUCCAUCUGUGAAACCUGGCAUUUCACGUCUGACAUUUGGUUGCUAGGUAAUUUAUGGGAAAGCGGCAUCAGAAGAUGAACCGCUGUCUGGGCUGGUGCUCAUAUUCAUCUACCUUUUUUUUUUAGCCCACUAACGUUUUAGAGACUGAAGUCGCAUGUUGUUUUAUUCCCUUCUGUGCAGGGAAUAUCUCAAACUUCUUUCAAACAGGCCAAAGUUUGAUGUCAUAACUGUGAGCCAAGUGUUUGCCAGACAUUGUAUUUGUGAUGGAAUCUUUUUCAAGGCUUUUCAAAAUCAAAGCGCCCUAAAAAAACUGAGUCAACAUGAGAAAAUAUGUGAUAUAUGUGAUUUUCUUUUUUACAGGGUUGAAGUGAACACUUUCUUGUAACUUCAUGGAAAUGUCGAGGGAAGAAUUUAUUAUCUUUGUCUGCAGCUACAGUGUGAAAGUAUGAUAGUGCCAACAGUAGCCACACACACUAACAUGUAUUUAAGGUGUGCUAUAGGCCUGUUAAAGCAAUCAGUUUACUGGUUGUUGUUCAGUUCAGUUUUUGAGUGAAUAUUUGUUGAUAUCUUACAUGUGCAAUGCUUAUUUUGUCCUCUAGGGGGCCCCCUUAGUGAUCAAAUCAGUAGGUCAAAUGCAGCUGUCAUUUCAAUGUUUGAUUGCAAGAUAUUUAAAUAUAUAGGAAACUACAGCAUUAGAGUCAUCGAGUGAAUCCUCCGUUUGUGCUCAUUCCAAAUGAGUCAAACAAGACUGUCAAUAGGAGAACCUAUUGCUGCUAUGGCUGCUAACAUAUGUUGUAGGAACUACAGAUGUGAGGAAACUGAUUGUGUUUCUCUUCUCCUAACUGUGCUUGUGCAUCCUGAUUGUAUUGCAAUGAUGGUUUUGGUGUUUCAGAUGAUAAUUAUGCUGUUUUAUGUCUGCAAACCUAUGUAGGAAACUUUAAAUUCACUCCAUAUUGAAGGAGUGAAUUUGUGAUUUCGAGUGAUAAUUUGUGUGAGCUAUUGACCAUUUUGUAUGUAAUUAUGAUGUUAUAUAUUUAUGCUACAUUGUUGAUUGCAAUAUAAAGUUAAAUAUGAGAUUUAUUUUUUUAAGUAAAACAGCUCCCAGUUAGCUAUUAUUAUAAUUCUCCUUUAAGGAUGUGAUCUCCUGACCUUUAAAUCAGCCUCAUCAUCAUUUGCUCAAAAUUCCAGCACAUGUGCCUUUUAGUAUCUUACUUGCUAAGAUUCUACUUGCUAUGUAACAAAAUAAACAUGUUUAACAUAA